GAGCGGAUGGCGUACGUUGUCGCUCGUGCCACCACGCUCGCCUCGUGAUUUUCCUUCCUGUCACGCUCGGCCGUCGCUCACCGUUGAAGUCGCGUGACGAAUCGCGCGUCUUCGUCGCGAGGUUGACAGGCAUCCGGAGCGCGUCGCGCGUGCCCACGUGCGUACGCACGCACGAGCCAGCUCUCUGCUCUCGACAGUGGUGGUGGUGGUGGUGUCGCACGUGCGCGAUAUACGUACACACACGCACACACGUACUAACUGAGUGCGUGUACAUGCCUGUGUGUGUGUGUGUGUGCGCGCGCGCGCGUGCAUAAAUCUUCGCGCGCGCUGUGAGAGCGACGAGCGCGAUUGAAGGAGCGGACAGCGCGAGGAGGACUCGGGAACGUGAGUCGCCCCGGUCGCGCACCGAAAUGAAUCGCGUGUGCAACCCCGUGGUUGUCGCCAGCCGCUGACGACGUCGGUUAGCAGCGCGCGCGUGGCGAUCAGCUGAUCGGGACGGAGCGAGCGAGCGCGGCCGCCCGCUCGUCGGCGGCAGUCGGCCACCAGCGGCUCCGUCCGCGCGUCGUCGCACAUUGUCGCCCGUCCGUCGUGUCUCCCCGUACGUACCUACUACUGUCCGCCGCGAGUCGUGUGUGACGCGAGCGUCGUCCGGGCCAGUACGAUCGCGCCGACAGUCAGAGAACGUUCCUUCGUUGUGUCGAGGCAGGAGCGCGUGUGUGCGUGCGCGUUACGCUAUGCCGUGCCGGCGAGUCGCGGUAAACAACAACAACAGCAGCAGCAGUAACCUUCGUGCGACCUAUCGCCGGAGAGUCGAGCCGUCCACGACGAGAUGAUCCGCUGGUAGUCGAUAAUGGCGUCGAUCGCAUUGACAUCGAACGUGUGAGACGCAGCGUCGUGCGAUUAACGACAACGUCACGCCGGUUCUCGAUCAUUUCGCCGGUGGCAAAUCGGACGGACGGACGGUGCAGUAGCCGCACCACGCCUCCCGCCGGUGAGUGUCGCGUUGCCGCGGGAAUAGUGCCGGGCGACAAGAAUAGAGUAGCGCGCCGACGACGACGACGACGAUCGAGCGGCAACGCCGGCGACCGGGCGUUAUUCGCCGGCGGAUUAUGCCCGUCGUCGCGAUACUCGGAGUGACUGUAUGUGAGCGCGCGGAGCGUCGGGCCGGCGACGGCCGGACGUCGAUCGUCCGGAGGAACGCAGCGCGUUGUACGUUGGAGGAGGAGAUGAUGUGCGCGUCGCGAAACAGUGCCGCGGACGUGCUCGAUCGUGCCGGGUAACCGCUCGCGUACGCCCGCUCACCAGUGGCGAAUUCGCCGGCGGUCUCUCUCUCUCGUGGGGGUUCAAAGCAGCGCGUCUUUUACGGCUUCAAGGAGCCACGCCAAGCGCCACCUGUCGAUCGCGCGGCGAGCAGCGUGAAGCAGUGUGGCCGUUUGAAUAUUUCUCGCCAACGGCCGAAACAGUACGCGAAGCGCCACCGAGUUCCGCGUGCUUGAGUUUCAUACUCGGGGGUGGUAGCGUCGGCGGCUUCACGGAACCGUCAGGAACGCACGGUCGACGCGCGGAACUCCCUCUCUCUUUCUUUCUCUCUCUCUCUCUCUUUGUCUCUCGUCAGAUUCGCUCCUUCGUCGUCUCGAUCGUUUGUGACAAUCGUGUUCAUUGUGCCUCACGCGACUUCCGGAAGGAUCCCGAACACCUCGGACGCGGACACUGCCUUUCCGCACGCUCCCGGAGUGUGAACGCGCGACGGAACGUUCGGGAAAAAAGUGGUAUGUCUCUGUGAUACGCGCCGUUGGGAUUAAGCGAACGGGCAGGAUGCAGCAGUUUCCGGAGGAGCCUCGAUAGGAAGCUUCGGUGACGCCGGAGCCGAACGGGCCAGUAUUCAUGCCAGUAUGCCAAUCGAAUGCCGGUAGACGACCAGUGUCCGCCGUCGCCGCGAUAGCCAAUUAAUAAGUUACUUAGCUAGAUCAAUUAAUAGUCAAUAAUACCGCCGACCGAGGAAGAAAGAGAGAGGAAGAUCCAUCCGGUCGCGUUUACGUCGCGACUACAGUGACUACAGCGAAUACGAGCGAGCGCGUGAGAUAUUCGCGUUCUUCCUUCCGUCGCCGAUCCCCCUCGCGAAGCAACGAGAAGCUGCUCGGCGAUCGAAAGCGCAUCGUGCUCUCUUCUCCCGACGACAAUAAUAAGUCCCCCGGUUCGUCCACCUCGCGUCGCCGAAUUCGAGAACGGUAAUCGGUGAGAAUCGUAGUGAAGUGAUAGUGACUGUUGCCCCGACCGAAGUGGCCGCCAAGUGCGACGACGACGAAGAGAGAGAGAGAGAGAAAGAAAGAAGAGGAGGAUACAGGGAGACACAGAAACGGGAGGAAAGCAGACACCACCUCGGCGGUGAUCACGGUGGCUGAAAACGCUGACUUACAUCGGGAGCGCCAACCUGCAAUCAAGGUUCAUGGUUUUCAUGGAGGAGAGCGAGCUCUCGAGCAAGCGGUGGGCCAGUGCGCCCCGCCGCCCGGAUAGCCCCUGCGUCCUGGGGGCACCGACGUCUAGGGAGGCGGCGGGACCGCCGGUGCAGCUGGAGCCAGUGGACCUGUCCGUGAAAACUCCCGUGGUGUUGCAGGUGCCUCGGUACAGUCCAGCGGCAAUAAUUACAGCCGCCGCGAGAAGAGUGCCGUCGCCAUCGACGACGCCCACGCCGCCGCCGCCGCCGCCACCGCCGCUGCCGCCGUCGUCGCUCUGCGUAUCUACCGAUAUUAUUACAUGGAGAAAAUCUGGUUAUAUUAAUCAGAAAGGGAGCAAUCAGAUGCCGUUUUGGUUGAAGGAAACAGAAUUCCUGGUUAUAAGAACCACAUUUGGAUUAUAA